GUCAUCAUCGUCGUCUUCUCCCUCUUCUUCUUCUUUCUGUUGUCCCCAACACAUUGCAUUGCAUUAAAUGCUCCUUUCUGUGUGUAGGGUUUUCAGAGUGUCCUUCUUCUUUUCUCACAUAGCAUUUGAAUUGAUUCAUCUUCCCUAAACAACUGCAGCUACAUACAUACAACAAUCCCAAUUCAUCGGCGCUUCUUCAAAUCCAAAUUCUCACUCACAAAGGAUUCUAUCUCGUUCGUUUCAUUUUACCCCGAUAAAUAUGAAGCUUUUGAAUUGAAUUGGAUGGAAAGCUUAUUUGUCAGGUUCAUGCUAUGGAUUUGUCGGAUGCUGUAAUUGUCAAAUCCAGUAGGUUGAAGUCUGUUGUAUGGAAUGAUUUUGAUAGAAUUAAGAAAGGAGACACCUGUGUGGCAGUUUGUAGGCAUUGUAAAAGGAAAUUGAGUGGAUCAAGUUCGAGUGGAACAUCGCAUUUGAGGAACCAUUUAAUCAGGUGUCAGAGAAGGUCUAGCCAUGGCAUAGCUCAAUAUGUUACAGCUAAAGAAAAGAGAAAGGACACAACUGUCACUGUUGCAAACUUCAACUUUGAUAAUAAAGAUCACAAAAAAGAUGACCCCCUUAGCUUCGUCAAUGUUAAACUGGACCAGGAGCAGUUGAAAGAUGAAAAUGUGAAUGCUGGAAACUGUAACUUCGAUCAAAGGCGGAGUCGAUUUGAUCUUGCUCGAAUGAUUAUUCUACAUGGAUAUCCGUUGGCUAUGGUUGAACAUGUGGGUUUUAGAGUAUUUGUAAAAAAUCUACAGCCUUUGUUUGAGCUUGUGACGAUGAAUAGGGUUGAGGCAGAUUGUAUUGAGAUUUAUGACAAAGAGAAACAGAAGGUGAAUGAGAUGUUGGAUAAAUUACGUGGGAAAAUCAGCCUUGGUGCCGAUGUGUGGACUACAUCGAAUGGUUCUGAAUUUUUAUGCUCGACUGCAAAUUACAUAGAUGAAUCAUGGUUGUUAAGGAGGAGGAUUUUAAAUUUUGUCGCAAUUGAUCCUUCCCAUACUGAAGACAUGCUUUCGGCUACUAUCAUGACUUGUCUGAUGGACUGGGAUAUUGACCGGAAGCUGUUCUCCGUUGUCUUGGAUAGUACUGCCGGCAAUGACGUUGCAAUAAGAAUUGGGGAAAGACUUUCGCAAAACAGGUUUCUUUAUUGUAAUGGUCAAUUAUUUGAUAUACGCUGUGCUGCGAGUGUUCUACAUGUCAUGGUUCAGCAUGCUCUGGUAGCUAUUAGUGAAUUAAUCAGCAAGGUCAGAGAAAGUAUUCGUUAUGUUAGAAGUUCACAGACAGUACAAGCAAAGUUCGACGGGAUGGCCAAAGAAGUCGGGAUUAGGAGUCAAAAAUGCCUAACUGUAGAUAAUCCAUUCCAAUGGAAUACCACACAUUCAAUGCUUGAAGCUGUCUUAGAAUUCAAGGAUGUUUUUAUUCUUUUGCAGGAAAAUGAUGAUGGCUGCACAGUCAGCUUAUCUGAUGUAGAGUGGGACAGAGUCUCUGCCAUUACUAACUACUUGAAACUUUUUGUGGAGGUUACAAAUGUUUUCACCAGGAGCAAGUAUCCAACUGCAAACAUAUAUUUUCCUGAACUAUGUGAUGUCAAGUUGCAUCUGAUUGAAUGGUGCAACAAUUCUGAUGAAUAUAUUAGUUCUUUGGCAUUAAGAAUGCGGAGCAAGUUUGAUGAAUAUUGGGAGAAAUGUAGCUUAGGUUUGGCAGUUGCAGCCAUGUUAGAUCCGAGAUUCAAGAUGAAAUUGGUAGAAUAUUACUAUCCACAAAUCUAUGGUAGCACUUCUUCAGCUCGCAUCAACGAGGUUCUUGACAGCGUGAAGGCUCUAUACAAUGAACAUUCAAUAUGCUCGCCACUAGCUUUUCAUGAUGAGGGUCUGCCGUGGCAAGUUGGCAGUGUUCGACUUUCCUUACCGACUUCUGCAAAGGACUCUAGGGAUAGACUCAUGGGAUUUGAUAAAUUUCUCAAUGAAACUUCCCAGGGCGAAGGCAUGAAAUCCGAUCUAGACAAGUACCUAGAAGAGCCUCUCUUUCCACGCAAUGUUGAUUUCAGCAUAUUGAAUUGGUGGAAAGUUCACACUCCCAGGUAUCCUGUAUUAUCCAUGAUGGCAAGAAACAUGCUAGGAAUUCCGAUGUCAAAAGUUCCGCCGGAGUUGGCCUUCAACACCGAUGGAAGGGUUCUUGAUCGCGAUUGGAGUUCGCUUAAUCCUGCUACUAUCCAAGCAUUGGUUUGUUCACAAGAUUGGAUAAGGAAUGAAUUAGAAAAUUAAGGAUUGAUGCUAAUUCUGCAUGUCACUUCUUAUAAACCAUUGUAAGUAGAUAUUCUAACUCCAUAUUUCAAUUUUUCAAUUUGAUCCAAAGCCAUAUGCAAACUUAGCAAGUGGGGUUUUAA